AUGGAGAGAAAAGGUGGCGGAGCAGAGAACUCUGGAGCUGAAAGCAGCAUGGUGGGCCAAUAUCUACUGACAUUCCUUCUCUUCUUUGCUCCGGCCUCAGGCGACCGACUUAAGCAUUGCUCAGAGUUUCUCUGUUUCAACCCACACUCUCCUCAGCUGAGGAUUCUCAGGCUUUUCUCUGCGCAUGGUCUCUGCGGUUUCCACAUAGACCUCCCUUCACCAGGCCUCCACACCAAGCAAGACUCUUUAGGCUUCCCUUCACCUCCUCAUGCCCUUUGUCCCAUGGCUUGGAGCCCGGAGGGUCCCUCUUGGUUCCCCAUCGGCCCCACAGUGAUGAUUGUCCCAGGCAGGAGGCCGGCCAGGCUGCAGCCCAGCUGGGUGAGGCAAAUGGCUGACAAGCUGCUGAAGGCGGGGCUGGUUAACGUCCUGGUAGCUGAUUGGCUGCUACCUCCUCAUGAUGACAUCACUGAGGGGGCUAGGCAGGUGGGCGAGAGGCUGGCACAGGCCAUCCAGACCCUAGUGAAUCAGCACGGCUUCUCUCCAGAGCUCUUCCACCUGGUGGGAUUUGGUGUUGGGGCUCAUGUUGCGGGCAUCGCUGGGGCUUGUCUGGAGGGAGCUGUUGGCAGAAUCACAGGCCUGGAUCCGUUCUCACCGCAGUUCUCUGAAGCAGAUAGCCGCUUGUCUCUGGACUACACCGAUGCUCAGUACGUGGACGUCAUUCACACCAACUUCAAUGCUAAUGAGCCAAUAGCUGCUCUGGGGGUUUCCAGACCACUGGGUCAUGUUGAUUUCUAUGUCGGCAGAGGACAUCUGCUCCCCGGCUGUCCUCAUGCUCUUAUGAAAAGGGAGCGGUAUAUUCUCUGCAGUCACCAGUGGGCCUACAGGCUGUUCACCAGUUCCAUCGGCUCCUCCUGCCCCAUAACAGCCUUCCCCUGCUUGGGUGUAGAGGACUACCAGAAGGCUCUCUGUACCAGCUGUCACCACCCCGGCCUCAACACCUGUCCUUUGCUGGGCUAUGACAUCAGCUGGCUGCCUCCAGAUCGACCAAUCGGCUUUCAGCCUGUGACCGCUGUCCUGGGCAUUGCAGUGAAGGAACCAUUCUGUGUGUCUCCCUUCCUGUUGGAGGUGCACCUGGUGGGGAACGUCUCGUUAAACGCCCAGUUGUUCGUUCAGUUGAAAGGAGGCGUCGGGAAAACCCCGGUCAUGUUGGUGUCUGGUCCGUCCCCAAUGCAGUUCGACCCACACCAGACAUACCAGUUCAUGGUGUCCAUUGACCACCGUGUGAAGGAAUUCAGAAUCCUGUCACUAGAGUUCAACUCUCAACGUCUCCUGUACCUCCAAUGGAGGAAAAUAAGUAUUCAGAUCAGCCAUCUUGUGCUCACGCAGCUACCAAGACACAAGGGGCUAGUAGUCUACAGCAGUAGGUCUCUGACAGCAGUGGAGAACCAGAGAAUGGAGGUGCCUCUCCAGAAGGAGCCCACCAGGGAAGAGUGAAGAUGGGGCUCUGUGUCCACCAGGGAGAGGUGAAGAUGGGGCUCUGUGUCCACCAGGGAGGGGUGAAGAUGGGGCUCUGUGUCCACCAGGGAGAGGUGAAGAUGGGGCUCUGUGUCCACCAGGGAGGGGUGAAGAUGGGGCUCUGUGUCCACCAGGGAGGGUUGAAAAUUAGGUGAAUUAAGGGACAUCAUAUGCUUGGUAAACAGAAAAUAAACAUCUACCGAGAUAUGUCUUGAAAUACGUUGUUUAUUAAAAUGCCUUUGAAUAAACACCAACCUAAUAACGGUAUCUGAUUAAUAUUACAAAUGCUAAAAAAGUUGAAUACAUUUGUAUUGUGUAAUGUUUCCUUGUAAUGGGAUCCACAAGCCUUAGCUAGUUCAUUGGCCUAUCACACCACCCCGUCCACCAAUAAGCACUGCUCCUAGACUGUCACCUGACCAUAAGACACAGAUAUUGAGGCCCUCAGGUCCUGUCUGACUGAACCCUAGAACAGCCAUGAGUGAGCUCGGUAACUGAACAUGGGGAGACCAUCGGUGCCUUUCUUCUCUGUUCCAGGAUCUCCCAAACG